AUGGACAGCGUGCGGACGAACGAACCGCAGCGAAUGGGUGGUCCAGGCGGAAGGAGGAUUGCUGUUGGGAUCGGCGAUAACGCGGACGAGAGCAGGCGGGGUCCCGGGGGAGGUGGCUGUGGGGAUUGGACCAGGACGGACCAGCGAGACAGGCGGGCAGCCGACAGGGAGACGAGCAAGGCAGCGACCAGGGCUAAGGACCAGGGCAGACGACCAGGGCAGACGACCGAAACGAGCAGGCAGAUCAAGACGGACGGCGAGGACGCUGAGGAGGGGGAGUGCUGGGGAGCAACGGGAACGAUGGCACGAUCAAGCAACGCGGAGGAACCACAGGACAAGGCAAGCCGAUACGGCGACGAAGCGAUAGCGCAGGGCUUGCACUUGCUGGUGGUCUUUCGCACGCCCCGCACGUGUGCCUGGACUGUGAUUGCCAUGGCCGGCGCUGUGCCAAGCCAGCCAGUGUUCCUCCGCUGCCAGAUCGCCUCCUCCCCAGAAGCCUCUGCGGUCGCCCAGCAGCCAGCACAAACACACGACGCGAGCAGCCCCUUGAUCGCAUGGAUCCUCCCGUCAAGAAAAAAUAGCCUCUCCAUGCUGACCGCCGCCGUUCAUGCCAGGGAUGUUGUCCAGGCCGGCAAGGACAUCUCGGCCAUCAUCGGCCAGGCCAUCGAUACUGCCCGGCUCGCGUGCCGGUCGCCAGAGGCCCAGCCGACCCUCCAGCCAGCCCUCCAGCUCCCCGACCACAAGAGCCUGCCGCCUCUGCCCAGGCCAGAGGGCUCUGUCGAUGAGAGACCCCCUCCGUCUGCCAUCGGUACUCUGCCGACAACGCCGGCAACUCCAGCCCCAUCGAUCAUCCCGAAAAUCAGCCAGCUCAAGGCCGGCGAUGCAUCGCACGUCCUGUCGGCCUGGAAGAAUCGCCGAUCGACCAAGCAGCUCGACACAGUCCCCAAAUCCACGCGCAGGCCUGUGCGUGCGGAUACGACCGUCUUGGAGCCUCGGAGAGGCCCCGUCACUCCCAGGGAUGCAGCCUCAAAGCCACCGCCGCCCCGACAGCACACUGUGCUGCUGGAUGCCAGGGUGCUCUCUCCCGGCGACAGCGAGGAUUCGCUGGAAGAUCUGAGUGACUGUCCUCCCUCAACAGGCCCAGUCGGGUCGAUCCAGGCUGAUCUGACCUGGCGCCUCGGCAAGUGCAGCCACGAUCGGUCCUUUGGCCAAGCAAGCACCGGCCGCCUGAACGUUCCCACGACCACCCACCAACGAGACCCUUGCCAAGACCAGAUUCUCCAGGUCCUGCUCGUCGGCCAGACCUUUGCCGGCAGUGCACCAGAGUCCAAGCCCACCCAAGCCUCCCGCACCCCACGCACCAUCACUCGGGCUUCGCGUGUGCGGCCAGAGCGCAUAUCCGAAGUACCUGAGGAGGCACCGGACGACUCUGGGCCUCGCGCUGAAUCGGUGGCCAAGAAAAGCGGUCGGUCGACCGUCAUACGCUCCUUCCUGCCGAACCAUGAAGAAGGCACUGCGUCCGCCAAUGGCGAGCAUGCGCAGAUUGUCGAGGGUCCCGAUGAAGAUGAUCUCGAAAUCUACCACUUUGAGACCAUCGACGAUGUCGACAACGUUAUCAAAAAGUACAUGGCUGCCAUCGAAGCCAAGGAGCGCCGGCUCAAGAACCUGCCGCUUCUCGAAGCAAGUGGCGAGCCUGACCCACCGCGCGAGCCCAACAGCCAAGACGCUGGGUUGGAUGAUAAUCGAGACCAGGAGCAAGCCUCGGGCGAGACGAGCGUCCAGGAAAGCGCCGAAGACAUCGCUGCCAACUCAGCAAGUGAGGAGCCAAAUCCUUCCCGGGCCGAGCCGCCCGACCGCAUCGUCCAGGUCAUCUUCCACGAGGGCGAGUAUGACCGGGAGGAUAUGCGCGACCCUGACGACCAGCCCCUGCGUAUCGAUAUCAACGACCACAUUGUCGAGUCUUAUCUCAAGAGCAUUCCGGGUGGUCCUGACGGCGAAUUGCAUCCUCUUGAGAGCCGAGGCGACUAUCCAGAGAUUGAUCCAUUUUCGAUCCGCACCAGUCCGGCCGAAACAAGCAACGGUGCUGCCUCCGCGGCCCCGAACAAAACAGUCACCUUUUCGACCGAAGCCCUGCAGCUCCAUUCCUCCGAUGCACUCGACGAGAGUGGCGGAGAAGGCCGAAGCCAGGUCGAGUCCACCCUCAAUCCCGAUGUCUCGCCUUGGAAUCAAGAGCAGGCUUUGGCGCCAGACCAGCCUUCCCCGCGUGAUCCCGUUGUUGUCGUCGCAGUCGCGGGCCCAGCAGAGGACGAGGAUCCCACGUCAAAGCGACAAAGCAUAUCGCGGGACUCGCAAACCUCUGAAGACUCGUUAUCGAUGGUGCGCAAAACGAUGAUCGUCACCUCGCUGAAGAGCAUUGUUGCCAAUCGGAAGCGGCAGCUGCGCGAUGCUGCAUCGAUGAGACCGAUGAAAGCACACAAGUCCGUCUUUGGCACGGGUGAAAUGCCCGAGUUGCCCUUUGGCAAACUUUACAUGCCCGACGAGUUCCUUGCCAACUAUCAACCGCGCACUCAUGAGCCACAUCGCGCUGCUGUCGGCGAGGAGAACACCAAGGAGCUGCCACCGGAGCCCGAUACUAGAAUGGAGUCCUCCGGCUCGCUUGUCUCUGUGAUACUGAGAAUAUGCUCCGCGACUCUCGCUGAUCGCCCUCGACAUCGAUCCACUCAUAGUGACGAUAUCCACAAGAUCUUCCCACAUGAUUAUGAGCAAUACCCGUGGGACCCAGAGGCAGACUACCUGGCUCGUGCGUCAUCCUCGGACUCGCUGAAACAUGCUCCAUAUUACCCUACCAAAGGAGCGAGUCGACAGCCCCCUCGAGUAGCCAAGCUGGUGAUCGAUGGAAAGACUGUGCCAAUGGAGCCACUCCAGAUCGGCCACGGCUCCACUUCGCUCGGCAUGAACUGGGUUCCAGCAGCCGACAGACUAGCCCUGCCCGUGCAGUUUUACCAACACACCCAUUCGAUUCCAAACAGUCCCAGUCCCAAACCGAGUGCGGACGCAAACGCCGAUCCCGGGAUGAACAUCGACGGGUCCGAAAUCUCCGACUCCCCAAUCGUACCAGACGAACAGGACGACGCUGAAGGACUGGCAGUGUCCGAUUUCCACAAAGAGAUGGACAUCUACCCAGCUGACUCUGAGCGCGAGCCACUGGAAGAGCAGCAGCCCAGCAUGGAGGUUGAGAGCGUUGUCGAUCUAUCGCUUCCAGCACACGCCAGCUCGAGCGGCGUGCGAGGCCAGGCGACCUCAUUUGCGCCGUGGAUUGGACCCGAGAUGCUGUUUGCACCCACACCCUGGGACUCAACGACUGCAGAUGCAGGCAAGGUCCAUGCGCACUACGAGCCCGUUGCUCCCAGCGGCUCACCGGAAGCCGAGGCCGAGGGGAAAGCAUAUGCCCAAAGCGAUGCUAUGGAUGUCGAGGAGGCUGAGGACGUGGUCGAGCCUCUGUCCCAAGAUCGCGAUGGCUUCGGCAAUCUUGUGGAGCUGGACGAUAUGACCGCCAUGUCAAUGGUCGACGACGGAGCCAUGUCCGAGAACGAUGAGUUCCAGGUCAUUCGCGAGGAAGAUGGAGGUAGCGCCUCAACACCAAAGCCAAAACACGGGGAGUCAAGCGGUGGAAGUGGUCCUCACUCUGCCCCGACUGUGAGCAUCGAGUUCCCUACCGCCAGUGUAUCGAGAUCGAGCUCGCGGAUCCAAACUCAUCCCAUAGAACCACCCUCAUCGAGACGAACAUCCCACGGACUGCUUGCUCAGCACAAGUCCGAGACAUCAUCGGGCGAGGCCAGGCGCAAAAACAGCGCCACGACCCACUCGGAGCCGGCCACCAAGCCCCCGACUCCGCUGCAGAGGACUUCGUCUCGCCGACGCCCUGUUUCACGACAAAAGUCUGAUCUGCACCACGAGCCACGCGAAGACCCAAUCUCCUUCUACCGGCGGCGGAAGCGAUCCAGCGCCAGCCAUCCCUUGCGGAGGUUACAGGCAUCAGGGUCAAGCGAGGCUUCGUCGUCCAGACCCGUCUCUGCUUUCACUGCCGAGUACGAAUCGCAAGGCUCGUCGUUUGUUAGUUCGCGACAACAGAGUGCCCGCUACUCAGCCAGUGCCGAGGUGGCCUCGACCGAAGAUUCCGCAAAGCCCGAUUCGGUUCAAGAUAUGGCCCCUGAGGACGAAACCCAGCCCAAAGAAGAUGCUCCCGAAACCCGAGUCUCGACCGCAAAUACAGCCAAAACGGCAAACACUUCGGGCACAAGUGCAAUGAGAUCCUCGACCAACACCGCAACCAGAGCCUCGACAGCCAACACCGCCCCGCGUGCAUCGACCGCCAACACGACUACAAACAGAUCCAGCGUCGCUGACUCGGGAGAACCCAGUGACGCUAUAUCGGACAUCAUCGACGAGCACCCGGCGAUACGGCGGCCCAAGUGGUCGCCCGAAGAAAACAUUACCAUCGGCCGGCUUGCGAAUGUCUACAACGCCAACGCCGGUACCGUGAACCCACCCAAUGGCGCAACCAUGUACGACAUUAUCCACAGUGUCAAGCGGCGCAGCACCCUGACUCUGGAGGAAAUGGCUCGGUAUCCCGCCAUCAACGAGAGCAGCGCCAUGGACGACAACGAGCUGGAGGAUGAAAUCAACAAGCUGACGGGGCUCAUCGAUAUGUCCAGUGUCCCGAUUCCGGCGUAUCUGCGGCGCCGAGGCAUCCUGUGCAGUCGAAGGGGCGACUAUGACGAUGCGCUGGAUGAUCUGUCCAAAUCGAUUCAGUAUGAUCCCUUCAAUUCGGAUGCCUUUUGGUAUCGGCACCAACUUUAUUUGAAGCGCAACAAUGUCGAGUACGCCCUCAAGGACCUGGACUCUAUCACCGAAAACAACAAGCAGCACUUUGCGGCAUUCCAGACUAAGGCGCGCAUAUACGAGGAGAUUGCACGUAAGAGCAGCAGUAACAGCGACGGCAAGGCUGUCGGCAAUUUUGGAGCCGGCGAAAACGUAUAUGCCAACGAGGACUUCAAGAUGGUCCGUAAGCUCGACCCAUUCAACGAGCACGCCAUCUACAACCUGGCCGCCUACAGCUUUCGGAGGCAGCUCUGGGACGACUCAAUAGUGGCUUUCACGAAGCUGCUCAGGCUCAAUCCAGAGAACGGACCCGCGUAUGCUUUCCGGGGACGAGCGUACGCGGCCCUCUCCAAGUGGGACGAUGCGCUUGAGGACCUCACAACUGCUGUGCAAAUGGCACCGGAUCAAGCCGACAUAUUCUUUCACCGUGGGUGUCUGUUGCGUGAGAGGAACAGGCGCCGCGCCAUCGAUGACUUUAGCAUCUCUAUCCUACUCGACGACAGCCACGCGAACGCACAGGCGUUCUAUCAGAGAGCUGUGCUUUACUACAAGCUUGGCAAGUACGAGCUUGCCGCUGCCGAUUACACCUCAGUGUUGGAUCUGGACUCGACAAGCUCAUCGGCAUACCUCAGUCUGGGUCUGAUUCAGUUGAAGUAUUUCCACGACUACGGCGAGGCACUCGACUGCUUCAUCAAGGCGAUCCAGUACGAUCCCGUCAAGCUUCCGGCGUAUCUGUGCCGCGGAGACCUGUACCAGAUGCUCUAUCAUAAAUCACUUGGAGAGAUCACAGACGUCAUGCUGAUCGAGAAGCGUAUCAAGCGAAAGAUGAAUAUGAACUUUAUCGACAGGGCAAUCAAGGACUACUCCAGAGCAAUUCACUUGUGUCCAAACAACUAUCUGCUGUAUCUCUACCGGGGACGCUUGCUCUUAAAAAUGAGCCACAUGAAAGAGGCCACGCACGACUUUCGCGCCGCAUUCGAGCUCAACUCGGGAAUUGCACAGACAUUUGUUCAGCGAAAAUACCAGCAAAUCAUCGACGAGUUCAACAUCCGCUGCAAGAUCGGGAACAUCGACGAUCCGGCGCUCUACAUGUUGAUCGCCAAGGCGAAGGUCAAGUGCAAUGACAACGAAGCUUGGCUUGCGCAGGACCAGGGCUGCAUCUGCAGUGGCUUACAAUGGCUCGUGCUCACGUUGUUCUUCAUUUCAGGUGCCCUGCAGGACCUUGCCAAGGCCGCGGAGUACAACCGCAAAGAGCCGCAGAUCUACCUGCAGCGCGGUAUAUGCUACGAAAAUCUCAAAGACUGGGCCAGCGCCUCGCAAGAGUUCAGCAAGUGCCUGGUGCUGAACCCAACAUACGCCAAGGUAUGGGUGCGGACAUCCGUGCCAUCAACUGAUCGAUUGCACGGCAUGUAUGGCAAACGGCUGCUGCCGCCUACUGACAGCUUGCUCGAUGUCCAGGCCUAUCACCACAGAGGCAUAUGCAAAAUCCACGAAAACAACCCACGCGGUGUCGCAGACCUGGACAGAGCACUGAAGCACGACCCACAGUUCUUUGAGGCCUAUCUCACUCGUGCAUCGUACUACCACUCCAAAGGUCCGGUCCGAUAUGGAACUCACCGCUAUGAGAGCGACAGAAAGUGGGCGUGUCGCCGCCACGAAGCAACGAGCGCGCUCUGGUUCCUGACCCAUCUCUGGAUGGCUGGGGAUUACAAUCUCAGCAUCGACGACUGCAACGAAGCCUUGAAGCUGGAGCCAACAAGCAUCCGGGCGUUUUUGCUGCGCGGCGCAUGCAAAUGCAAGCUGAAUCAGCAUAGCGCUGGAAUUCAAGACUUUACGCGAGCGACGCAGCUCGAUAGGGCUUGUCGGUUUGCUUUCUACAACAGAGCAGUGACCUAUCAGCUACUCGGUGCACAUGAAUCUGCCAUAAAAGACUACAGCAUUGUGCUUCUGCUCUUCGAAGACUUUAAUGCCUAUCGUAACCGGGGACUCAUAUACUGGAAGCAAGGCGACACAGAAAAUGCUCUCCAAGAUCUUUACGCAGCCCGAAACACCUUCCCACAAGACGCGCGGCUUCACGGUCUGCUGGCGCUAUGCUUGCAAAAAGUUGGCUACAUCAAAGAGUCCAUCGAGGCUUUCACAUCGGCUAUGCACGUAAGCCCAUAUAUGAUCGAGGCGUAUCUCGGACGUGGAAAUGUGUAUGCAUCCAUAUCGGAGACCAAGUUGGCCAGACGAGACUACGGACGGGUCAUCCACAUGUAUCCGAACUGCACAGCAGCCAUCGUGAACAUGGCGUACACAAUGCAACUCGAAGGCAAAUACAAGAAGGCAUGGCAACUCUUCACCAUGGCUCUGACCAUCGACGCGAACUGUACCUCGGCGCUCGAGGGACGAUCGGUAGUCCACUUUACCAUGAAGAACUACUUUGGCGCGCUCCUGGACAUAUGCAAGGCCAUCGAAAUCUGUCCCAACAAGGCUGAAUACCUGACGAACCGAGGCGUGAUCUACCAAGCGCUGAACGACAAAGUAUCGUCACUGCAAAACUACAAGAUGGCCAUCAAAUGCGACAAAGAGUAUGCGUUGGCGUAUUUCAACGCCGCAAAUCUCUACUUUAACCAGCGCAGAUGGGAGCAGGCGCGCGACAUGUACACCGAGGCUAUCAAGCUCAACAAAGCCGAUGUACCGGCGAUCCUCAAUCGUGGCAUAACAUAUGCGAUGCUGAAAGACUUUGAGAACUCAAUCAAGGAUCUGUCCCUGGCGCUCAAGUUUGCCCCCAACAUGCCCGAGAUUUACUUCAACCGUGCCAACGUCUACCAGUCCAUGGCGGAGUAUCAAAGAGCCGAAGACGACUACACCAGAGUGCUGCAACUGACCCCGAAGGAUGCCAUCUCGUAUUUGAAGCGUGGCGAAAGUCGGGGAUAUCUCUAUCGUGGUCUCAUGGCGAUGGAAGACUUUUCGUAUUACUUUGCGACGGAUUCCGAUAUUCUGGUCCAAGCCGAUCCAUCGCGGCCAGAAAAGAGCGCAAGCGUUGUCGCAUAG